AUGAAGCUCAAGAAAUUAUUUUUACCACUCUUCUUGUUUCUCUUCAUAACCUUAGGUUCUGUUUCUGCACAAACCUGCUUCAAUGGAUACUUUAAACCCAAUAGUACUUUUGACCUAGACCGUCGUCGAGUCCUCUCUUCUCUUGCUUCUAAUGUCACGACUAACAAUGGGUUCUAUAGCACCUCCAUCGGCAAAAAUCCUAACCAACUCUAUACCAUUGGCAUGUGUAUCCCUGGAAGUAAACCAGAGGCUUGUUCAGAUUGCAUCAAAGGUUCAUCAGACGGCUUGUUACGUAGCUGUCCUAACCAAACAGUUGGUUAUGUAUGGCCAGAUCUUUGUAUGGUACGUUAUUCCAACAUUUCAUUCUCUGGAUCACUCAUUCUUGAACCGUCUGCACGGGUGUCCGAUCCCACACCUAUCGAUGUUGAUUUGACACUGUUUGAUAGAAUCUGGGAAGAGUUAAUGUCCCGUGUGAUAGCUGCAGCUUUGAGACCGGAUGAAUCAUCAUCAUUCGGGCAUAAGUACUAUGCAGCUGAGGUUGCUCCAUUGACAACUUUCCAAACUAUAUAUGCUAUGGUGCAAUGUACACCAGAUGUUUCUUCAGGGGAUUGUGAGUUUUGCAUGAAGAAAACUGUAGUUGAUUAUAAGAAAUGUUGUCGCGGUAACAAGGGUGGUGCUUUUGUAAGACCAUUUUGCUUUAUCAGGUGGGAUUUGUAUCCUUUUGCUGGAGCUUUUGAAAAUAUUACGGUGGCGCCACCUCCAUCAUCAGUUGUAGCUCAGCCACCCCAUUCUUCCACUACUCCGCGGACAAAUACAACAGGAAAAGACGGAAAAACAAUUUCGACCGGGAUUAUUGUGGCAAUUCCUACGGUAGUAAUCUUAGUACUGCUUCUUGUGGGAUAUGUAGUUUAUAGGAGAAGAAAAGCAUACAAAAGAGUUGAAGUUCAGGCUGGUGACCAGAUUUCAAGAGAACACUCAGUGCAGUUCAGUUUUAAGACAAUUGAAGAUGCAACUGAUAAUUUUUCGGAAAGUAACAUGAUCGGACAAGGUGGAUUUGGUGAAGUUUACAAGGGAACACUUUUGGAUGGAACUGAAGUAGCGGUAAAGAGACUGUCUAAAACAUCAGGACAAGGCACACAAGAGUUCAAGAAUGAGGCUGUUCUUGUGACAAAGCUUCAGCAUAGGAAUUUGGUUAGGCUUCUUGGAUUUUGUUUGGAAGGAGAAGAAAAGAUCCUCGUCUACGAGUUUGUACAGAACAAAAGCCUUGACUAUUUCCUGUUCGAUCCUAAAAAGCAAGGAGAACUAGACUGGACAAGACGAUAUACAAUUAUUGGAGGCAUUGCUCGAGGAAUUCUCUAUCUUCAUCAAGAUUCACGGCUAAUAAUCAUACACCGUGAUCUCAAAGCGAGUAACAUUCUCUUAGAUGCCGAUAUGAAUCCCAAAGUCGCAGAUUUUGGUAUGGCAAGGAUAUUCGGAGUUGAUCAAAGUCAAGCUAACACAAGAAUAAUCGUUGGAACUUAUGGUUACAUGUCACCAGAGUAUGCAAUGCGCGGCCAUUUCUCCAUGAAAUCUGAUGUCUAUAGCUUUGGAAUAUUGAUACUGGAGAUUAUAAGUGGGAAAAAGAUCAGCAGCUUCUACCACAUUGAUGAUACUGGUGGCAAUUUGGUCACCCAUGCUUGGAGGCUUUGGAGAGACGGGUCACCAUUAGAACUGGUGGAUCCAGCCAUAGGAGAAAGCUAUCAGAGUAAUGAGGCUAUUAGAUGCAUCCAUAUAGCACUAUUAUGUGUUCAAGAAGAUCCAGCUGAUCGACCAACGUUGCAAGAAAUCAUCGUGAUGCUCACUAGUAGAACAGCCACUUUGCAUAUGCCUCGAGCACCUGGCUUUUGCCUCUCAAACAGGAGUGAACAAUCCACAAGUUUUUCUAUUCCCGGUUCUAUCAAUGAUGUAUCGAUCACAGAUCUAGACCCUCGUUAG